AUGAAGAAGGAAGAGGAAGGGGAAGAAGAAGGAAGAAAGAAAAGAGAAGAAGAGGAAAGAAGAAGAAGGAAGAGGAGGAGGAAGAAGAAGAAGGGGAAGAAGAGGAAGAAGGGGAAGAAGAGGAAGAAGAGGAAGAAGGGGAAGAAGAGGAAGAAGAGGAAGAAGAGGAAGAAGGGGAAGAAGAGGAAGAAGGGAAAGAAGAGGAAGAAGGGGAAGAAGAGGAAGAAGAGGAAGAAGAGGAAGAAGGGGAAGAAGAGGAAGAAAAGAAAGAAAAGGGAAGAAGAGGAAAGAAGAAGAAGGAAGAGGAAGGGGAAGAAGAAGAAGGGGAAGAAGGGGAAGAAGAGGAAGAAGGGGAAGAACAGGAAGAAGAGGAAGAAGGGGAAGAAGAGGAAGAAGGGGAAGAAGAGGAAAAAGGGAAAGAAGAGGAAGAAGGGGAAAAAGAGGAAGAAGGGGAAAAGGAAGAAGUGA